GCAACAGUUCCCACAAUACAAGAUGUGCCAGCUGAAAGAACUCAUCAAGCCAAUCUGUUUAGUGCUCCUGGCAGUAGGACUACCCUCCAGUCAGGCGGAUGUCUUUCCACAGUGUGCCAAUGUGGAUGUGGAUACCUUUGUCAUGGCCAUAGACGAUUGCGCCAGCUACAUCUAUUGCAAUGGCGAGAACUCCUUCAGGGACAGCUGCCCGAAUCAAACGUAUUUCGAUGCAAAGGCGCAAGAAUGCGCCUUCGACGAUGCUGGUGUUUGCUUGGAAGCUAGCGGGACGACAACAGCAGCUGCGCUGCCUAGUGAAAAUAAUGAUGAAUUGCAGGCUGCCAGCACUGCGCCUGCGGCUCCAGAGGACACGCCAGCUCCAGCAGGCAGUAGGCCACAUUGCGAUGCCAGCGGCGAUGGCUAUCAUCCGCAUCCGGAGCGCUGCGAGUAUUAUUACAGCUGCAUCGGCGGCUAUUUGACCAUAGUGCGUUGUCCCUACACCUACGGCUGGGAUUAUGCGCAGCAGCAGUGCAAGCCCUUGUCGGAGGCGCAAUGUUUUAGCUUAUAGGCAGCUCUUGCAAAACCCUAGAUUAAUAAUAGUAUUUUGGGCUAACCCAAAUUCGCAAGGCGAGCGCUCGAGUUGACAAUAAUAAAUAAGUAUUUCUGGCAUUUUAAUGAAUUGAAAAAGUGCAGCCCCUUUCGGGGGGGGAUUUGGCCCAGCAGCGCCUCCAAUGCGCCUCCAUUUGUAUGUGUCAGGCGUUGUCAACAUAAUUCAACAGCGGCAGGUACCAAAAUUUAUUUUUGUAAAUUUUUGUCGGCUGCAGCUUCCACAUUUUUAUUGCAAAUUAAUAAUGCACACGAAUUGUGAGAUUUUCUCAUUUGAGUGUGUGCGCGUGUGUGUGUGUGUGUGUGUGCGUGUGUGUAUGUCAAUUGUGUCUCGAGUAGCAGAUGGACUACAACUUGAUGCUCAUUAUGUGCAUUAUGAAUAAACAAAUGUUUUGAUUAACUAAAUUUUGUUGCAGCCAAUUAAUUAAACAACAAAUUUGCGAGUACAAAACUGCAACAAUUUCUCUUCGCUGGCUGCUUGCUCAUUAAUUAGAACAUGGAACCAACGAAGACGACGACGACGACGACGAUGAUGACGAUGAUGCUGCUGUUGAUGAGAUCGAGAUCGUUAGGAGCUGAGCAAAGACAUCCACAUCCACAGCGAAGACAACGACGACGGCGACGAGCGAGAAAUCAAAU